AUGAGUGAAGUUGAGGAAAGUCCUACCAUGAGCGUAGAAGACUUGGAAGAAGAAAUUCCCAUAUGUGUGGAGGAUGAAGAGUAUUUUGAGGAUAUACAGGACAUCUAUGACCAAUUGUAUGUACAAUUCCUCAAACAACAAGAGAAUUUGACUUCCAUAAGUGGUCAGCUUUUGGAAACGUCUAGUGAGUCAAAGCAUAUGCAUGCAUCAUCAUCAAAUGGACCACAUGGUAGAGUACACACUUCUGGGGAGAAAAGAGCUAGUCCCCCACUCAUUAUCAGACCUAACCCAAGUUUUAAGAAGGAAAAACAAGUUUUGGUGAUUAAGGAGGACCUUGAGAAACUAACCAUUUCAGCCAAGUUGGAGGCUCCAGGUGCUUCUAACAAGGUCAUGGUUUCUAAGAAAUAG